AUGUCGUCAAAUUCUACAGAUGACAGCCCUUUUGCCUUUUCGCCUCAAACAGUUCCUGCUUUUGUUUUUAUGGUGUUUAUUUUACCGAUUAAUGGCGGUGUCAUUUUUCUUAUUGCCUCGUAUUCGUCCUUACGAACGCCAAGCAACAUCAUCUUGGCCAGUUUAGCUGUAUCAGACUUCUUGGUAGGUCUGGUUGGAAUUCCACUCCUCUUGGCAUGUACCUAUACUUAUAUAUCUCCCAUUUGUAUAAGCUCAUAUACUUUUUUCACAUUCAUGGCCCUCUCCACCGUGCUUCACAUCACUGUGAUGACCUGCGAUCGUUACAUCUAUAUCGUAUGGGCGUUACGCUACCGCGAUAUCGUCCAUCGUAAAAGAGUUUUGAUCGUCCUUGGCAUUACGUGGUUUCUCAGUCUCACCUCUUUGGUUCGACUUUCAUGGACUUGGAACCUCAAUAUAGAAACAGCCCCAGAGGACCUGGAACCUAUGCACCAGAAGGAGACUAUACUAUUUCUGUUUAACGUCAUCGUAUUUUUUCUGAUUCCACUCAUUAUCAUGAGUGUACUUGAUACCCACAUGCUGUUGCUGCUUCGAAGUCAGUGUCAGAGAAUUGCACGUGAGAAUUUGCCUACAGAGUUUGAGAAACGCGAGAGGAAGCUUCAAAGAAGGCGCCAGAGAGCUGUUUUAACUUGUGUUCUCCUUCUCACACUGUACGUCAUCUUCUGGCUGCCUUAUUUCAUAUUGGAAAUCGUGCAACAGACCCAUAAUGAUAAUUUACAUCCAAUGACUGUUUUCGCUAUCUAUUACCUUAGGCUCUGUACGUCAAUGUUCAACCCACUUGCGUACACUUUAAGGAAAAGAGACCUUAAAAGUAAAGUUCGAUAUAUCGCUUAUAACUUGUUUCCUAAGCUAGCGGCGGAUACUGUCGAGAACCGCACCGACCAAUUUCCUCUUAGUAGUCGAACAGAUUUGUAA